GACAGGAAAGGAGGAAACGCUCUACUUUCACACUAGGAGGGGUCAGAGUUUAAGUGAAAACAUUCAAAGCUGUACAGAUUUCUACAGUAUCGACUACCUUCUGUUUAAUAGUAAAUCAUUCUCAUGAGACUCGCGCAGUAGUGGAGAUGAUGUGCUUGUUGUAGUCUGUUUUCUGGGAGUUGUAGUUUUGACUAGUUCCUGCUGCUGGUUUGGAGGAUCUGGAUCCACCUAGAGCUUCGAUAGCUCCUUCUCCUCUCUGCUCUUCCUCCUCCUUGGUCCUUAUAGUCGACCUCAGCUUUCAGGGAAGGACGAAUAAGGAAGGAGGUAUCUUAGCCCAUUUUCGGACGGAGCCAAAGGCUCUACGUCAUCAUUCUGCGACAGCCCACAUGCUCGCUUUUUCCUUUCCAUCUUUGGACCAGGUGUGCGGUGCUGAGAGGGUGUGUCUGGUGGUCGUGGCUCCUCAUUGGUCGGUCUUAUGAUGAGUGACAGUGAGGAGGACGUGCCCACUCUGUCCACUCACACUCUGGCUGCGCUGCAGGAGUUUUACGCUGAGACACUGGGCGUCCAGAGCCUGGACCCUGAACCGACCCAGCAGUUUGCAGUGGGAGCCCUGGGGGAGGACUGGGGCCUGAGUCAGUUCUGGUACAGUGAGGACACGGCCAGGCAGCUUGCAGAGGAGCUGGUGCAGGAAGCAGGGCCUGGAGGAAGGAUAGCAUGUGUGAGCGCGCCCAGUGUUUACCAGAAGCUGAAGCAAGGUGUGGUGGCUGGGUCAGAGGACGUAUCAGUGCAGCUGCUCGAGUAUGACCGUAGGUUUGCCUCGUACGGCGACGACUUCAUCUUCUACGACUACCAUCAGCCCCUGGCUUUGCCCGCCCACGUCCACCCGCACAGCUUUGAUGUGGUCCUGGCUGACCCGCCGUACCUGUCCCACGAGUGUCUGAGCAAAGUGGCUCAGACGGUGCGUUACUUGAGCAAAGGCAAAGUGCUGCUGUGCACUGGGGCAGUGAUGCAGAGUACAGCCAAAGAGUUGCUGGAUGUGGACAUGUGUGACUUCCUCCCUCAACAUCACCGUAACCUCUCCAAUGACUUCCGCUGCUACACCAACUACCCCUCUUCUGGGCUGUCGGCCGGGGCCCCCUCCGGGAACACUUAAGUGCAGUGCACUCACAGGCCCAGUCAUGGCAGGACAACACUCAACCUCUGGGACGAUACGAUUAUUGAAAGAAAAAAUGGCUUCAACGUGACCAUCUUUUUA